AGAUCGCCUGAUUCACUCACUCACUCUUCCCCAAAAGCAAGCAGGCGAAGUCAGAGUGCGAUGACCGGGGCCGCGUACAUGCUGGCACUCGUGCCAGAGUGGUCGCUGACGCUCUCGCUCAUCUUUGGCGGCUGCUGCGCCAACGCCUACUACCUCGAGGAGGCCACGCGGCAGCAGCCCUCGUGCGGCACCCUCCUCACCUUUCUCCACUUUGCCUGCACCACCCUCCAGACGCUGCCCGGCCAGCUCGAGUGGAAAGACACUACUGCGUUUCCACGCCUGCGCACGCCCGCCGUGCCCGUGUCGCGCUGGGCGAUGCAGGUGCUCCUGUACUUUGCCAGCUCCCUGCUCAACAACUCGGCCUUUGCCUUUCACGUCCCCGUCCCCGUCCACAUCAUCUUUCGCAGCGGCGGCCUCGUCGUCAACAUGGCCCUCGGCUGGCUCAUUCACCGGCGCCGCUACUCGGCCCUCCAGAUUGUGUCUGUCGUCGCCGUCACGGGCGGUGUCAUUGCCGCGACGCUGGCCACGACGCCGUCGUCAGAGGCAGCUUCUUCUUCUUCGACGACUGCCGUCAGCUCGCUCACGUACUUCAGCGGCAUCGGCCUCCUCGUCCUCGCCCUCGUCCUCUCGUCGCUCAUGGGCCUCUACCAGGAGGGCACCUUUGCCCAGUACGGCAGCCAGCACUGGCGCGAGGCCCUCUUCUACAACCACUUUCUCAGCAUGCCCCUCUUUGCCAUCCGCCGCGGCACCCUCGCCGCCGAGUGGGCCCAGGCCAAGGCCGGCCCGCGCGUGCACAUUGGGCCGUCAUAUUCCACCACGGCAGGCAAGGCGCAGGGAGGGCUGCUCGGCCUCGACGUGCCCGCGCUCUUUCCCUCGCUCCUGCUCAACAUCCUCACCCAGCUCCUCUGCAUCAACGGCGUCAACCGGCUGACGGCGCAGGUGUCGAGCCUCACCGUCACGCUCGUCCUCGUCGUGCGCAAGGCCGUCAGCCUCGCCAUUUCUGUUCUUGUGCUUGCCCCUGCACGCGGCGAGGCGCAACAGGAGGGCGUCGUCAUGCUUGCGGCGGGCGCCGCCGCCGUCUGCCUCGGCACCGUGGGCUACGCCGUCGGGGCCGGCCAGCAGCAGCGGCGCGCGGCGGCCGACAAGGCGCAGCACGAACAGACGGACAAGGCGCGGCACGAACAGAAGGACAAGGGCAGCGUACAGGACGGGAAGCUCGCACAAGCAGGCCGAGCAUCAUCAAUAGAACAGACAGCAGGAAGCACCGCACUAGACUCAUCCUCCUCGCAGGCCAGGCUGCGCGCCAGGAAGCAAUAG